AUGCAAAACCAUUGGGUUGAGGUAAACGAGCGUUCCGACAAAUAUUAUUUUGGUAUAAACGAGAAAGGACAUUACGAAAGAGCUUUUGAAGAAGAUUUGCAUUAUCGAAAGGUUUCUACACCAUCGCCAGCACAACUUAAUUAUCAACAGCAAUACCAACAGCAAUAUCAACAACAUAAUCCACACCAACAAAUCUAUCAGGAGAAUCCGCAAAAAAUGUCUGUAAUGCAAAAGAACGCAUUACAGCAACAACAAGCUAAGGCAAUUUUGCUAAACUACAGUCUAUCCGGGAAUAUCAAAAAUUCUACGCCUUAUAAAAAUGGCCAAGCGUUCAGGCGAGCUCCAAAGCCUCCACAGUUUACGAUAGUGCCUGGAUCUAAUACUGUGAAUAGUGGUGAAAAUGCGUUCGGCGAUCCACCACCUCAGAUAGAAUGGAUGAGAUCAGAUGGAAGCAAAAUUUCAUCUGGUGGCCGUAUUCGAACUGAAGUGGAUAAGGACGGUCUUUGGCGAUUAAAAAUUGAUAGAUGUACUGCAAGCGAUGCUGAUACAUAUCUUUGUAUUGCAAAAAAUUCAGGUGGUGCUGUUCAAACCAGACAUUCGUUAAAUGUGCUUGAGCCUCGAAAAAGUGCAGCACCACAGUUUGUGGGAAAAUUUCAGUCUGUUACAAUUAAUGAAGGCGAUUCUUUAACGCUUUAUUGCAAGGCAGCAGGAGAAAGAAUAAGAAUGAGCUGGUCAAAGGAUGGAACUUUGCUUAAGACGGGCGGAAACUACAAGAUUGAAGAUAAAGGCAAUGGCGAAACUACAUUGGUAAUUUCUGGAGCCAAAAUGGCAGAUGGUGGUUGGUACCAAUGUGAUGCAACGAAUGAUGGAGGAACCUCAUCUUUAAAAGGACGAGUUGUCGUCCAAUCUCGACAAAAAUUAAAUACACCACGAGAGCAAAUCACUCUAAGAAAAGUCGACCGGCGGUUAGCCAGAGAUGGUAUGCGACGAGACGAUGAGAUGCAUGCUGCACCAUCACGAGAACCUCCUAGGUUUAUUUCUGUACCAAAGAGCUUUAAUCUAAUCGAAGGUCAGACAGCCCUUCUCGAUUGCCAAUUUGCUCCUGCUGACGAUCCAAAUCUGAAAAUCGCUUGGCAUUGUUACUCACGUAUAUCGACUGUAUGUGAGUCUGGAUAUGCAGCACUUGAAAUUAAUCCAGUAACUGUUUUUGAUCGAGGUGAAUACACAGUUGUUGCUGUUAACUCGUUGGGCGAAGCAAGGCAUUCUGUACACCUCGAUGUUGUUGGCCAUCGUGCGGUAUUAAGUGAUUCUUCGAAUUUGGAUAAGUUUGGUAGCGGUUAUCAGUCAAAAAUAGAAGGUGCAUCAAACUCGAUUCAGAUAGCAGAAAUGCCUAAUUUUCAUAGUGAACUUAGGUCAAUGGAAGUAUUUGAGGGAGACAAUAUACAUCUCGAAACCAAAUUAUCGCCAUCAAAUGACUCCAAGCUAAAAGUAGAAUGGUUUUUGAAUGGAAAUUGCCUGUUAGCAAACAAUCGUAUCAAAUUGUCCAAUGAUUACGGCUUUGUCUCAUUGGAUUUGGCAAAUAUUUCUAGAUCUGAUGCUGGAUUAUAUACUUGUCGAGCAACCAAUGAAAUCGGAGUCGCCGAAACGGUUGCUACUAUCAUCGUUCAACCUCGAAUGCCGCAGUAUGAUGAGCAUAUUGUUCAAGAUGUUGAAGAUGCUCGUGAACUCCAGUAUAUACAGGAUAAGUCUCCUCAAGCUCCCGUUUUCCUCUCACAGUUAAGAAAUUGUGAUUGUAAACAGGAAUUGGGUCGUUCAUAUUUUGAAGCUCGAAUAGCUCCAUUUAAUGACCCUACGUUGAAAGUUAUAUGGUUGAAAGAUGGUCGACCCCUUCCAAAUGCAAAUAGAAUUCAGAUAUUUGAAAAUUUUGGUUGUGUGUCGCUAACACUUCAUCCUACAUAUCCUGAAGACGAAGGUACAUAUACAUGUGUACUGAGAAAUGCUUAUGGUGAGGCACAAAGCAGUGCUCAUUUGUCAACUAUGUAUGUAGAAUCACUACAAACCGAUAGUAAACAUGAGCAGUCUCUGGCUCAAAUCGGAUAUUUAGACAGCCAUGAAGUUCAUAUUGGCCCACCAUCGAUCGAGAGACCAGAAGAAUUCAGCAGUAUUGAACCACCAAGGUUUGCUCGAAAACUUGCGAAUCGGUUAGAAGUAAAUGAAAAUGAUCCUGUGCAUUUUGAAUGUCGUAUACAACCAGCAAGUGAUGUAAAAAUGACCGUGGAAUGGUACCAUAAUGGUGCGCCUCUUGCUGCAGCUCAUAGAUUUCGCCCUAUGUUUGAUUUUGAUAUACUUUAUACUUACCCAGAAGACUCUGGGACAUAUACUGUUAUUGCACGCAAUGAACUUGGUGAAAUUCAAUGUAGCCUUGAUUUGAUAGUUAAUUCACAGAAAUCACUUUACUUGGAUCCUCAUCAUCCUGAAGGACUCGAAAGGAUUCAAGAAUUAGAACAGACUCGUAUUCGGCCGCUCGAGCACCCCGCUGAUCGUGUUUGUGAUAAUCCGCCGCGUUUCUUAGGAGAUCUAAAGGAUUUGAAUUUGAAUGAAAAUGAUAAUAUACAUUUUGAUAUCAAACUGCAACCCAUUAAUGAUCCGACGAUGGUCGUAGAAUGGUUCAUUAAUGGUCAUCCAAUACUCGCUGGAUCUAGGGUCAAAAUGCAGUAUGAUUUUGGAUUUAUAACUUUCGAUAUUCGAGGGGCUAUUGCUGAAGAUUCAGGCAUUUACACUCUAAAGGCCACUAAUGCACUAGGCGAAGCCACAAAGGAAUGCCGUGUAACGGUUAAACCAUAUGCAACUAUUCUUUCUGAAACGCAGCAUCAGGAAAGUUUGGGAAAAAUUCAAGAGAUUGAAAACUUGAAUCGAUAUGGUAGACAAGAAGUUGAAGAUCAAAUACCCCAGACAGCACCACAAUUUGUGCGACCGCUUCCUGGCAAUAUUGGCGAGAUUGAAGAAGGGACACCAUUGCAUCUGGAAUGCCAAGUCGUGCCACUCAAUGACAAUACACUUUCAAUUACUUGGUUAAGAGAAGGGAAACCUAUUCCUACAGGUCAUCGCUUUCGUACAUAUCACGAUUUCGGUUUUGUUUCGUUAGACAUAUUGGAUGUUUAUGCAGAGGAUACUGGUACUUAUAUAUGUGUUGCAAAAAAUGCUAUGGGUGAGGCUAAAACCGCCGUCAGCUUUACUUGCAAAGCAAAGGCAGCAAUAAUUGGCCAGACUAAUCAUCCGGAAAGUGCACCAAAAUUCAUUAAACAUCUCGGCGAUGGUCAUAUGAUAUAUGUAACAGAAGGAGACAAUGUUUAUCUCGAAGCACAGAUUGUACCAGUUGAUGACAAUUCAUUAACGUAUGAAUGGCUUCUAAAUGGCAAACCACUCAUGAAAGCACAUCGAUUUGUUCUGAGUCAUGAUUUUGGUUUCGUCGCACUAAACAUUUUAUAUAUGUAUCCGGAAGAUAGUGGUACUUAUGAACUUAUCAUAAGGAAUAAAGCUGGCGAAGCCAAGUCAGUUAUAGAUAUUGAUUGUGCAGUUAAAGGUAAUAUGAUCACUGAAUCAUUUCAUCCGAAUUCUAUUCAACGAAUACGCGAACUUGAGAUGCCAUUACAAAAGGAAGAAGGAAAACCAGAAGCUCCUCGCCAGCCUCCACAAAUUGUCAGAGAACUGCCCCCUGAUUUAGGAAAUAUUCAUGAAAGUCAAACACUUCAUCUUGAAGCGCAGAUUCUUCCAGUUGAUGAUAAUCAGUUGAAAGUAACUUUGCAAUUUUUAUUUUUCACUAUUUUACCCCAUUUUUGA